AUGACUGGCUGGAAGGCACCCUUGGCGACAGCCCUGCUCUUGGGCAGCGUUUCGGCUGUUCCGCUUCUCGAGGACAAGCAGCAGCUCCACGAUGUCAAUGUGCGCGCGUCCAGUAAGCCGCUGGUCGACAGCGAAUCGCUGCAGGCGAGCAUCGCCGCACCGCAGCUGCUGGACCGCGCCAAAGCGCUCUAUAGCAUCGCCCAGGCCGGCACCAGUGAGUACGGCCACCCGACGCGCGUGAUUGGAAGUGCCGGCCACGAGGGCACGCUGGACUACGUCUACUCGACCCUGUCCUCGCUCGGCGACUACUACACUGUGUGGAAUCAGUCCUUCUCCGCGGUCACCGGCAUGGUCAACAGCUCGCGCCUCGAGAUCAACGGCACCGUGAUGGAGUCGCUGCCGAUGAGCCUGACGCCACCCACCACAAACAAGGAGACCGUCGCUGGCCCCCUUAUUCUUGUUGCUAACACCGGCUGCGAUGCCUCUGACUACCCGGCCAGCGUUGCCGGCGGCAUCGCUCUUAUCAAGCGUGGCAACUGCACCUUUACCAUCAAGUCCCAGCUGGCCGGCAACGCCAGCGCUCUCGCCGCUGUCGUAUACAACAACGCGGACGACUCGCUAGGUGGCACGCUCGGCGAGCCGGCCGCCUCGCAGGUCGCUACGUUCGCCAUCUCCGGCGCCGAUGCUGCUCCUAUUGUGGCCGCUCUCCGAAACGGCACCAAACUUACCGCCACCGCCCUUAUGGACUCGGUCGUCAAUGUCGUUCAGACAAAGAACAUCCUCGCCCAGACUGUCGAGGGCGACGCCAACAACUGCGUCAUGCUCGGCGGCCAUAGUGACAGUGUCGCUGAGGGCCCUGGCAUCAAUGACGACGGCACCGGUAGCCUGGGCCUCCUCGAGCUCGCCACCCAGCUCGCGAGUUUCAGCGUUAACAAUUGCGUCCGCUUCGCCUGGUGGGCUGGCGAGGAGGAGGGCCUCCUGGGCUCCGAUUACUAUGCCGGGUCCCUGUCCGAUGAGGAGAACCUCAAGAUCCGCCUGUUCAUGGACUACGACAUGCUUGGGAGCCCCAAUUUUGCCUACCAGGUCUACGACUCCGUCGACAGCGAGAACCCCGACGGCUCGCAGGCCCUGCGCGACCUCUAA